AUGGCUGGACAGUGUUUAGUAAAGAUUCUGGUGUGUUUGCUGGUAAUACAGUGUUCUGAAGGCAGGCCAACAGCAUCAGACGAUAAGAAAGUGACGAUGUCUGGAGAACCGACGCAUUUUCAAGUCGACGACAAAGCUGCCGAGCUCGAGAUCAACGCGAAUGCCAUGGGUGUAAAA